AUGAAAGGCUUCCUCUUCCUCCUCUUCACCAUCAGCCUCCUGAUUAUGAUUCAGAUACAAACUGGAGUCCUGGGAAACCAUACCACCACCAUCACCACCUCCUCCAAGAAACCCCAAAGCGGCUCCCCAGCCUUCGGCAGCCUAGCCGGUGGCAGCAUCCUUUUCUUCUUGACAAACACCCUCAUCCAGCUCUUCCACCUCACCUGA